CUUGUAUCAUAUCAUGAGUAAGUUUCUGGAAGGUCUUGGCACAAAUGUCUACCACAUAGAAUUUGGAGGAUUUCUAACGAAUCAUCUCAUGCAUGGAGUUGUUGCUCUGUUCGGACUGGGAGCGUCUGAAGCGAAGAUAAAAUCGUUCACGCAACAAUACGUUCAGCAGCUGGAGCCGACAUCGCACUCAUCUUCAGACGUACAAAUAAACGAGGAAACGUGGAAAUCCGUCAUUGGAAAGCGAAGGUAUUACCCGCAAUUCGUCGAAUUCUUUACAACAAGAUACGAGUCGCUGCGCAUGUCCGGUGCAUAUGACACUCCAUUGCUGAUAUUGCUUCGCCAAUACGUUCCGGACCUAGUCGACGGUGGUAUUGGCUGUGCUGCAUUUCAUCCGAUUGUUCACAUUGGUUACGGUCUCAUGAUGAAUGAUUUUUCUGAUGUCACGUGUCAAUCACGUGACGUCAUUGAUGGGCUGGCCUACAUGACUCAUUCGUAUCGACGUCCUCAAGGGUGUAAGCCGUCUGCCGAGGUCGCUCAAUCGAUUGUCGAGGAGAUGAGCCUGACCACAGGCAUUCAGGAAUCUAGGUAUGAAGCAGACUUGUCGGAUGUCCUGGUAAGCGUGAUAAAGGACAUUCGUCACGAUACAUCUGUCAAGAAUCUCAUGGCCAGUUUAAAUGAUUUAAUCUCUUUGCCUUCUUAUAAAUCCAUGGAACCCGUUUCGACUUUUCAGCAGAAAAUGGCUGCAGUCGGUGACUAUGGUCAGGAUUUUCUCGACAAGUACACCAUCGCAGCAUUGAAAUCAUUGCAUGCAAAGUUUCUGGUAGACAGGAACUUGUGUAAGCAGGGAUUUCCAUCAUUUGUCAGCUACUCGAUGAAGGCUAUUGUCGAUGGUGCUGUGCAACUUUAUGCAAGUUGCUCUGCAGGAGAUGAUUUCUUCAUUCUACAUGGAGUUACAUCCUCGUGGGCUCUCCGCAGAACUCUCUUCUGUUUUGAUUCUGUUGUCGUUCAGGUUCAGAUGCUGAUCUCGUUUGUGAAGGCAUUAUUGUCAGCAUAUGUUAGUCAAGAUAUGCCAGCUGUAGCGACCAAGUUGCCUGAGGGAACCAAAUUGCCCGAAUGGGAGGAAAUUAUAAAGAAAUCAGUAGAGUGUGGUGAUGAUGUAGACGAGCAUGUCUAUAAACUCGUCUUCACAUGCCAUGAAGCAGAGAAAGUAUAUGGUACUCCACCCUCUUUACUGUACCGACGAGCCGCAGCUCAGAAGAUGAACUAUUUGCCUUGGCCCGUUAUGUAGGGCAUUUGCAACUAUCGAUCAAUUAAUUGUAAUUAUAUUUCAUGGCAUUCUAAUUUCUAUAAAUACUAAUUCUCGGUUCUACCUCCACAUGUGCUAAUUAUAUUAAUUUAAUUAAUAUCAAUGUAUUACAAGCUAACGUUCGUUACUUUAUAUACAAUU